GAUAUGUCAGGCUAGUAUUAGCAGCAAUCAACUUUUUCAGCUGAACUGUACAUUCGUGAGUGUUGAGAAUUUAUUAUGAUUUCUAAAAAUGGUGAAAAUGGAUGGUACAAAUUAUCAGAAGAUAGCGGACUUAUUACAGGCCAAAAACAGAAUACUGCGACGGGCAUCAACUUCCGGGUGUACUGCAGCCACUUCCUGUCAACAUGGGGGGAUCAGAUGUGGUGUUUUGGCGUCGGGCUGUUCCUCAUAGAGCUGUCACCGACGUCGCUUCUCCUCACUGCAGUCAAUGGCCUGGCUACAGGGAUGACCAUUCUCCUGGCAGGGGCUCUCAUAGGCACCUGGGUGGACAGAACUCACAGAUUAACGGCAGCGCAGGUUUCCUUGGCCUUACAGAACACGUUUGUGGCACUUUGCGCAUGCGCGUUGUGUAUACAUCUUUCGUUUCGGGACCCUAUUGUUUCUUUGUGGAACGGCUGGUUGCUGAUGCUGUCCUAUGCCUCCAUCAUCAUCUUUGCUAUAUUUGCUGAUAUGAGCAGUGCUGCUCGGAUCCUCAUCAUUGAAAGGGACUGGGUUGUAGAGAUAUGCGGAGAAGACAACAAUAGACUUGCAGAUAUGACAGCUACGCUGAGGAGGAUGGACCUGGCCGCGCAGAUCCUCGCCCCUAUUGCUUCUGGGGAGAUUGUGUACUUCUUCAAAGUCAGGAACGGGGCUUUAAUCAUGGCGGCCUGGAACGUAGUGUCCAUGUUCGUGGAGUACUACCUGCUAAGGAAAGUCUACAAUCAAGUUUCAGCUUUACAGAAGGAGAAAUACUGGCAAAAAGUUGAUGCAACUGACAAAUCGGAUCACAAACCAUCACUGGAUGCGCUCAAGACAGGAGAGAAAUUCAAAACAUAUGCUGGGAAGAACAGCGAGUUCAUAGCACUGAGAGAAUCGGGAUUCCCCAAAACUGCUACGCCCACUGAAGCAAAGGAAAAUGGUCAUGUGACGAUCAACGAAACCAAGAACAACUCAAGGCAAGAAACCAGCUGUGGGUGCAUCCGAACCUUGUGCUCUCCCCUUAUCCUCAUCUACACUGGAUGGAAGACGUUCAUGCAGUAUAACGUUGCUAACGCCGGCCUUGGACUUGCGAUGAUGUACCUGACGGUCUUAGGGUUUGAUAGCGUCACCAGUGGCUAUGCGUUUACCCAAGGAAUAUCUGAAGGACUGCUUGGUCUUGCUAUGGGAUCGGGCGCAGCCAUCGGGAUUGUUGGGACUUUGGUGUAUCCAGUUUUGAGACAUCGCAUUGGGCUAGAGAGAACCGGUCUGGUUGCCAUGACAGUACAGAUUGCUUGUCUGUUUUUGUGUGUUGUGUCUGUCUGGUUACCUGGCAGUCCAUUUGACCCCAUCUUCUUCUUACACCAUGAUUCCCCCUCCAAUGUGACCGAUGACAACUGUACAUCGCCAACACACUUAACAUCGAGAAAUGUUUCCGGAUUUUCUUAUGAGACAGGCGACAACUGUACCUCGUUGACCAACAUGACGGUGUCAGGAUCCUCGGGUGCUAUGACAACGACCACCCCAUUGGUUUUGAAGUCUUACGUUUCCAUAACUCUUCUGAUAACGGGGAUUAUCACAGCUAGAUUUGGAUUGUGGAUUGCUGACCUGGCAAUUACUCAACUGUUUCUUGAACACGUGGCAGAGAGUGAACGCGGCGUCGUCAAUGGAGUUCAAACUUCGCUGAACAGGAUGAUGGACAUGUUGAAAUUUGCUUUGGUGGUGGCCCUGCCAAAGACGGAUGAGUUCGGUUACCUGGUGAUGAUAUCGUUUGUAUGCAUAUGUAUAGGGGACGUGUUGUAUAUGACCUAUACAAGGUCAGCCAGAGGUCAUCUGCUUCCUUGCCAUUCUCAGUGUGGAAGGUCUGAAGAAUGAGGUCAAGGAACUGGACUGGUCACAUGCUUCAGAAUCAAGCACAUGAACAUUGGAAGGUUGCUCCCGUAUGUUUUUCAAUUCUUGAAAUAUUUUAGAAUAAUGUUUUUGAUUAGGUCAGGUUGCAAACUGUUUCUGAAAACACGUCUUGUUGUUUACAACUGAGACGGCAAUAUUCCAGCAAGUGACGUGGUCUGUUAAGUUACUGAUAAGACAAACCAGUUAUUGACAGUACGUCCAAUGUCCCAAGCCGUCAGGAUACGAUGACACAAAAUCCACCAAGUCAUCGUUCCUUACCACCCGAUCCAUUUAGCUCGAUGACAAAUGUUUGCAGGAGAAUUACUGUUUUGUUGUGGAUUAAUAAAAAACCUUUUGAUGUAUGUCGACGUUCCGGUUUAUGUAUUAUUACACAUCUAGUGUUGAAGGAGUGUUGGACAAACGGCGGAUGUGUUAAUGUGUGCGUGAAUGGGAAUAAUUGGACAGUUUCUGAAAUAUCCGAUGGUACCAGGAACUUAGAUUGUAAGUUAGAAAUCACAACAUGAGUGAGUAUGAUUAUGAGCCACAUUAAGACAUCCGUCGACAGCGGCGCUUGCGUUGGUGCCAUACCUUCAACCUUGGAAUUUGAGAAACCGGAGACGAGUAUUAUUUAGCAAUGAAUCACGAUUUCUUAUUCAUCGGUGAGAUGGAAGACAACGUGUUUAGCGUCGUCGAAAUGAGCUUUUUGCCCAACAUUGUGUACGUGAAUUCGACAAAUUCGGUGGCGGUAGUGUCGUGGUGAGGGCCACAUCCUACACAAGGAGAUCUGACUUGGUUGUGGUUUAGGGACAUUUGACAGCAAAUGGCUACAUGAAUCAAAUUCUUCAACCUCACCUUCUUCCAAUCAUUGACUGCGAGAGGGAGCUGUUUCAACAGGACAACACUCCACCGCACACAGCUCGUGUCACGGUAUACUACCUACAUGAUGCCUACAUCAACGUCCUGCCCUGGCCGUCGAGAUCUCAAUCCAAUCGAACCCAUCUGGGAUGAAU